ACUUAGCUGGUGAAGUACUUCUGGAAGACGAGUUUUUCAGAAAUUUAUUUAUAAAACAUAAAUAAAUCGUAUCAAAUAAUUACGUACGAGCGUUAUAAAUGUUUGAAAACACGUAGUGCGUGUUUUGUAUAAUAGGAUAGUUGAAAAUAGAGCUCAAAUGGCAGCUAAUAACAACAGCAGUAACAUGCACAAUCUGGGUGCUGGGCUGCAGGUGCCAUCAUCGCCUUCGGUGAUCGCCUCCACGGGCACCGUCAGUCCCAUGAUGCAGCCCAGCACGAGUGCCCAAAGUGCCUGGGAUCAGCUGACAGCCAGCGCCUCCAACAACAUGACGCCAUCUCCAACGGCAACGUCAUCGGCCUCUGGUUCGGGCGAUGGUCACAUGAUGAGCGCUGGCAGCUCACCCGUGGCCAGCUGCUCGUCGCCAUCGACGCCUACCAAGACACAUCAUGCGCCGCCUACGCUUGAGGCCAUGGCGCAUACACCGCAAGGUCCGCCCACGCUGGGACCCGGUGGAUAUGGCGAGGAAUUGACCGCUGAGCUUGUGAACCAAGGUUGGCGCAAGUUCUGGUCGAAACGCGAGAAUCGGCCCUACUACUGGAACAAGGUGACAGGUGAAUCGCUGUGGGAAAUGCCGGGUGCGCGGCCUUUCGAUCCGUUGACCGAUCCGCUGGGCAUUUGCCAUGCCGGCGGCAGUGGAGUGGGGGUUGGACCCACGCCCAUGACGCCGCACCAGCAGCAACAUCAACAUCAUCAUCUGAAGCGGCGUCCAUCGGAUGACAUGCACAUACACCCGCAUCAUCAGCAGCUGCAGCAACAGCAGCAUCACAUGGGUGGGCCACAUGGUGGUCCGCCGAUGAAAAAGUUUGUGCUCGCUGGUCCCUGGGAUCUGGAAGUUUGCACGAAUGCAGUGAUUGUGGAGCGACCCCCAACGUUGCUACCACAGCCGCAUCCCGAGAUUGAAGCUCUACGCGCUGCCUUCAGCAUGAAGCUGCUAAAAACCUACGAAGAUUUGUGCAUGCGCCGGGAGAACAUCAAGGCGCCGCGCGACUCCUUCAAUCGAUGGCUCAUGGAGCGCAAAGUGAUCGAUACCGGUUGCGAUCCAUUGUUGCCCAGCAGCUGCCUGCCAGAAAUUUCCAGUUCCAUGUAUCGCGAGAUCAUGGCCGACAUACCAAUCAAGAUAGUCAAGCCCAAGUUUACCGGCGAUGCACGCAAACAAUUGUCACGAUACGCCGAGGCGGCCAAGCAAAUCAUCGAGUCGAGAUCGGCACCCGCCGAGUCCAAGAAGGUGGUCAAAUGGAAUGUAGAGGAUACGUUUCAAUGGUUGCGUCGCACUGUGGGCGCCAGUUACGAAGAUUUCCAGGAUCGUUUGGCGCAUUUAAAACGACAGUGCGAACCGCAUUUGGUGGAGACCGUAAAGAGUUCAGUGGAAACCUUGUGCAUCAAGAUCUAUCAUCUGUCAGCGGAGCAUGCGCGUAAAAUACGAGAACGUCAUCUGCAGCUGCUGAAAGAACAUGGCAUACCGGAGCCAACGCCACCGCCGCCGCCACCGCAUCUGAAGAAGGUCUGGUGCUAUCCCAUACAGUUUGCGGUGCCCUCGCCACGCAUGCCGGCCAUUGAAUAUCUACAGGAUCGCGAUCACAUGAUUAUCAAAUAUACGCCCGCAACGAUCAAUCAACCGGAUGCACAGUACAUAAACCUCACCUAUCUGCAGAAGCUGGAGCAGCUCUAUCGUCACAACUGCUUCGACGACAAGAAGUUCGAUCUGUUCAUCGGUCGCGUGUGGUGUCUGCUUAAGCGCUAUCAAACGUUCUUGGGCAAUGCGCUGAACUCGUCGCAGGAGGCAGAGUUGACGCAGGCGGCGUUGCCAGUGCCAGUUUUUGAAUGUCUGCAUCGGCAUUUUGGUGUGAGCUUCGAGUGCUUUGCAUCGCCCUUCAAUUCCUAUUUUCGGCAAUAUUGCUCGGCGUUUGCCGACACGGAUGCCUACUUUGGUUCCAGGGGCCCAUUUCUCGACUUUAAGCCCGUUUCCGGUUCGUUCCAAGUGAAUCCGCCGCACUGCGAGGAGCUCAUCGAGGCGUGCCUGUUGCAUGUGGAUAAACUGCUCACAGAUUCCAUGGAACCACUUAGCUUUAUUGUCUUUCUGCCGGAGUGGAAGAGCAUCGCCAAGCUGGAGGAGAGCAUGUACAAGCGACGCUCCAUGGUGGUGCUGGGCAUGGCACACGAGUACCGACAUGGCUAUCAGCACAUGAUGCAAAAAUCCGAGGUGCUGAUCAAAUGCAUGCAGGGCACUCAAGUCGUUUGGCUGCAGAAUAGCGCUGGAUAUGCGCGCUGGGGACCCAACGAGAAUCGUGUCGAAGCGUUGCGCGAAGCUUUCCGGCCGCAACGUGAUCGCGAGCGCGAACGUGCCGCCGCAGCAGCAGCUGCUGCUGGCACCAAUACGAAUCAGCAGCAACAAUCGCCGCCGGCAACAACAGCUACAACUGCAACAGCCACACAACUAUCGACAGCCAACACAACGCCUGCCACGUCGACAACAGCGAAUAGCAACAGUUGCAACAGCAAUAGCAUAACAACAGCACCAUCAUUAUCGAUCAGCAGCACAACGAGCGGCAUUGGCAGUCCGACGUUAUCCACGUCUUCCGUGUUAACACCACUCUCGCCACACACUCCAACCGGCACGCCAUCGCAAUUUCCGCUGACCAUCAGCAAUACGAGUAGCAGCAGUAAUUUGGUUGCCGCCUCGCCUACAAUGAGUGUGCAAAGCGAUUGCUCAUCGCCAUCGUCAUCGACCAUGUCGCUGUCGCCGGCCCCAGCCUCGGGAGGUUAUCCGGAUGGUGGCACAACAGCAGCCGCAGCGGCUGUCAGCAUUACGGCAACGGCAGCGAGCACGUCGUCGGCAGCAGCAUCGGCCUUUGGUGGUACAACCAGCAUAAAUAGCACAGCAGUCAUCAAUUCAGCUGUUUAGAUUGGAUGGAUUUUCACUUGUAAACUAAACGUAAACUCUAGCUAUUGUCUAUUUUCACUUUCGACUAAGCUAAGCUGUGCACCACUGUUGUGUUUCCUUUUCAUUUAGCGUUUAUACAUAUAUUCGAUUUAACACAUUAUCACGAGUGUGUUAAAUCACCCUCUUGAAAUAUUCUGCGUAAUGGUUACAAAGUUUAAAUAAUUGUACAUAUGUUUUUUUUAUCAAUUAACAAUUUAUAUAUACUGUAUAUGAUAGCUGAUAACUACGGCCUGGCUGUUGUUAAUUCUUUGGCAAUGCUACCCUACAGUUUACAAGUUGAUGUGCAUACUUAGUAUGGGUAGGAAAAAAGGGUUCCACUUAUAACGAAAAUACAAAAUACAAACACACAUACGAGAAUUGUUUUCCAAUCUUUCAACACAAUACACACGAAGAUGAAACAGAAUAUAGCACUGGCACUGAAGAACAAUUUCCUUGAAUUGUUUAUUCUGUGCAGCACCCUAAAUUUUAUAAAUAAUUAAUAUAAAUACAAUAUGUAUGUAUGUAAUAAGCCCCCAACAAUCUUUUGUGAGACUAUAAAUCGUAUAUUUUAGGAUUAUUACUUAAAGCAAAACUAAUUUAUCGCGUGUACAAAACGAUAAAAACACAUUUAUCUUAAGUAGUCGAAGCAACAACUUACAAUAUGAACGGAUCGCGCAGAGAACCAAAUUUGUAAUAAAAAAAAAAACAAUAAGCUGAAAAAAAGCUAAUAGAAAGCUAAGGGUCUAAACAAGAGGAAAACAAAUUUAAUUAAUAUUAACGCACCGCACAAUGAACAUAAACCUUUAAACGGGUCUUUGUCACAAUUGAAUCCAAAUGUGGAUGCCAUCGUGUCUACCCUAAUCCUAAUCAAAUUUAAUGGGAAUUUAGCCAAUUUAAUAGAAAUGUAGCGAAAGUAAAGAAAAUUAUACAAAAAAAAAAUCGUAAGCACAAACACAAAAUUCGGCA